GCAGCCCGGAAGUGCUAGCGGCCGACGGUGGCGGGUUGGGCCGUGCGGGCGGCGUGCGCGGCCGCGUGGGCCAUGGGGCGGCGGUCGCGGGGCCGGCGGCUCCAGCAGCAGCAGCAGCGUUCCGAGAGCGCGGAGGACGGCGGAAAGCGCAAUGGGGCGGGCUGGGAAGGCGGCUAUCCCGAGAUCGUCAAGGAGAACAAGCUGUUCGAGCACUACUACCAGGAGCUCAAGAUCGUGCCCGAGGGCGAGUGGGACCAGUUCAUGGGAGCGCUCAGAGAGCCUCUCCCGGCCACUUUAAGAAUUACCGGUUACAAGAGCCAUGCAAAAGAGAUUCUCCACUGCUUAAAGAACAAGUAUUUCAAGGAACUGGAGGACCUGGAGGUGGAUGGGCAGAAAGUUGAAGUUCCACAGCCCUUGAGUUGGUAUCCUGAAGAACUUGCCUGGCACACAAAUUUAAGUCGAAAAAUCUUGAGAAAGUCUCCACAGCUGGAAAAGUUUCACCAGUUUCUGGUCAGCGAAACUGAAUCUGGAAACAUCAGCCGUCAGGAAGCCGUCAGCAUGAUCCCACCGCUAUUGCUGAAUGCCCACCCUCACCAUAAGAUCUUAGACAUGUGUGCAGCUCCCGGGUCAAAGACCACACAGUUGAUUGAAAUGCUGCACGCGGACAUGAACGUCCCCUUCCCAGAGGGCUUCGUCAUCGCCAACGACGUGGACAACAAGCGCUGCUACCUGCUGGUGCACCAGGCCAAGCGGCUGGGCAGCCCCUGCAUCAUGGUGGUCAACCACGACGCGUCCUGCAUCCCGCGCCUGCAGGUGGACGUCAACGGCAGGAAGGAGGUCCUCUUCUACGACCGCAUCCUCUGUGACGUCCCUUGCAGUGGAGAUGGCACAAUGAGAAAAAACAUUGAUGUCUGGAAGAAGUGGAGCACCUUAAACAGCUUGCAGCUACAUGGUUUACAGCUACGGAUCGCAACGCGGGGCGCUGAGCAGCUGGUGGAGGGGGGCAGGAUGGUGUACUCUACGUGUUCGCUGAAUCCCAUCGAGGAUGAAGCUGUCAUAGCGUCUCUGCUGGAAAAGAGCGAAGGUGCUUUGGAGCUCGCCGAUGUGUCCUCGGAGUUGCCAGGACUGAAGUGGGUGCCUGGGCUCUCGCAGUGGAAGGUGAUGACAAAAGAUGGGCAGUGGUUUGCAUCCUGGGACGAUGUCCCCCACAACAGACACACCCAGAUCCGGCCGACCAUGUUCCCCCCAAAGGACCCUGAGAAGCUGCAGGCCAUGCACCUGGAGCGGUGUCUUAGAAUAUUACCGCAUCAUCAGAACACUGGAGGGUUCUUUGUGGCGGUGUUGGUGAAGAAGUCUUCAAUGCCAUGGAAUAAACGUCCCCCAAAGCCGCAGGGUGAACCAGCAGAGCCGCGGGCCCCCGUCCCCCCGAGCCCUGCGGAGCCCACGGCGGGCUGCGCCUCCACCCCCUCGGAGCUGGAGAGCAAGCUGGCCCCUGGAAUCAGCGACACAGGAGCAGCGGAGAGCGCGGAGGACGCGGACGGCAGUGGGAGUAGGAGGGGCGGCGUGUGCGGCCCUCCUCCGUCCAAGAAAAUGAAGCUGUUUGGGUUUAAGGAAGAUCCCUUUGUGUUCAUUCCCGAAGACGACCCGCUGUUUCCGCCUAUCCAGAAGUUUUAUGCUUUGGAUCCCUCGUUCCCAAAGACGAAUCUGUUAACUCGUACCACGGAAGGAAAGAAGAGGCAGCUGUACAUGGUGUCCAAGGAGCUGCGAAACGUGCUGCUAAACAACAGCGAGAGGAUGAAGGUCAUUAACACUGGGAUUAAAGUCUGGUGUCGAAAUAACAGCGGUGAAGAGUUUGACUGUGCUUUCCGGUUGGCGCAGGAGGGAAUAUAUACGUUGUAUCCGUUUAUUAACUCAAGAAUCAUCACCGUAUCCAUAGAAGACGUCCAAGUUCUGUUAACCCAGGAAAACCCGUUCUUCAGGAAGCUCAGCAGCGAGGCCUACAGCCAGGUCAAAGACAUGGCCAAGGGCAGCGUUGUCCUGAAGUACGAGCCGGACCCCACGAAGCCGGACGCGCUGCAGUGCCCCAUCGUGCUGUGCGGCUGGCGCGGCAAGGCCUCCGUGCGGACUUUCGUGCCCAGGAACGAGCGGCUGCACUACCUGCGCAUGAUGGGGCUGGAGGUGCCGGUGGGAAAGAAGCGAGAGGGCGUCGCUGGGGCGCCCGGGGCCGGUGCGGGCAGCCCCGCGGAGCCGGAAGACGGGCCGGGUGCGGGCAGCCCCGCGGAGCCGGAAGACGCGCCGGGUGCGGGCCGCCCCGCGGAGCCGGAAGACGGGGCCGGUGCUGAGCAAGAGGCCGUCCCGGACGCCUCCUCAGGCGGGGACCCGGCGGAGGCUGGCCUGCCCCGGUGAGCCGCGGGGGCCCUGAAGACCGGAUCUGGGACGUGCCUGUGAGGACGGAGCUGACAGGAGGCCUGGUCUCGGAAUGAUCCCAGGACUCCCUCCACGUGGAGCUGACGGAAAGUACCUUUCUAGCUUCUUAGUAAGUGCUCACUUUGUUUCUUCAGCAAAGUUGAUCCGCUGUGCCUGUGGCCGGAAACAGACUUGGAUCAUUAGAAGUCUUACUCUGCCUCGAAAUGUAACUGCCCUGGCGGGAAGUUUCAGGUCCUGUUUGUUAUGCCUGUAUUGGUCUUAAGGCCCAGAACCUCUUUUUAAGUGUUAUUUAUAGAGAGAACCUGUCACUACUUCCAGAUCAUUGGAAGACUGUGCUGUCAGCUUUAAUAAUUGUAUUGAGUUGCACAUGAGUGUGACGUGUAUGCGGUGGGGUUAACAUCUGACGUGUCAGAUGACUUUCUGUGCCUUUGUAAUAAAGGGUAAAACAAACUUUAUCUCACAGUAAGAGCUUAUUGUGAGUUGUGAUACUAGUUAUGAGGGUUUCGUGUGCUUUUAUUGGAAUGCUCUGCAAUUAAAUAAUUUUUAAAUGGGGUUUGGGAUCCUUGGAAAGUUUAAAUAAAGAAUUAUUAAUGAAAAC